GGGCUCCAGACUCACUAGAAACCAGCCAGUGGUUCCGGAUCCCUCCGGGUCGUCGCCUGGAUGGCACCAUGGACGAAAACGAGUUAAUUGAAUACUUUAAGUCUCAGAUGAAAGAGGAUCCUGAUAUGGUCUCAGCAUUGGCUGCUAUCUGGACUUUGCUGGAGUUCUUGAAGAGAGAUAAAGGGGAGACAAUCCAAGGCCUGAGAGCGAAUCUCACCAAUGCCAUCGAGAUGCUAUGUGGUGCGUACUCCUGGGUGGCCAUGUCCUCCAGUGGGGAGCUCUUCCUCCGCUUCAUCAGCCUCACCUCCUUAGAGUUCUCCGACUACUCCAAAUGUAAAAAGAUCACAAUUGAGCAGGGAGAGCUGUUUCUCAGGAGAAUAUACUUGUCAAAAAAUAAAAUCGCCGAUCUGUGCCAUACAUUCAUCAAAGACGGGGCGCGAAUCCUGACUCACGCCUACUCCAGAGUGGUUUUGCGAGUCCUGGAAGCAGCUGUGGCAGCCAAGAAGCGCUUCCACGUGUACAUCACGGAGACCCAGCCCGACCUGUCAGGUAAGAAAAUGGCUAAAGCCCUCUGCCACCUCAACGUCCCUGUCACUGUGGUGCUGGAUGCCACUGUUGGCUACAUCAUGGAGAAGGCAGAUCUGGUCAUGGUAGGCGCGGAAGGCGUGGUUGAGAACGGAGGCAUCAUUAACAAGAUUGGAACCAACCAAAUGGCCGUGUGCGCCAAGGCACAAAACAAGCCCUUCGACAUGGUUGCAGAAAGCUUCAAAUUCUUGCGGAUCUUUCCACUGAACCAGCAGGAUGUCCCCGAUAAGUUCAAGUACAAGGCAGACACCCUGAAGUCCGUGCAAGCUGAGCAGGACCUGAAGGACGAGCACCCGUGGGUGGACUACACCUCCCCUUCCCUGAUCACCCUGCUGUUCACAGACCUGGGCGUGCUCACACCCUUGGCAGUCAGUGAUGAGCUCAUCAAGCGCUACCUCUAG